AUGACAUCCACCAAUAACAGUCAAAAAGAAGAAAAAGAACAUGAAAUAAAUCCAAAAUCACCACUAGAAUAUCCGUGGUCAUUCUGGUAUAUUAAACCCGAUAAACGUUCAAGUUGGGAAGAUUCUUUAAUACGAAUCAUGGAUGUUAAACAUGUUGAAGAUUUUUGGGCAACCUAUAAUCAUUUACAAAUACCAUCGAAGCUAGCCAGAGAUAAAUCAAACUGUGAUUAUUAUUUUUUUAAAACAGGUAUUCGUCCUAUGUGGGAAGAUAAAAGAAAUUCAUCCGGUGGUCGUUGGCUAUUAUCAUUGGGUCGUGAUGAGAUGAAAUUAGACGAAAUAUGGACUGAAACAUUAUUGAGUUUAAUUGGUGAUUUGUUUUCAUUUAAUUCCGAUCCCACACCAUUAUCGUCGUUUAUAACCGGUGCUGUUGUUAAUAUUCGUCAACGUGGGCAUAAAGUAGCUUUAUGGACAUCGGAAGCUCGUAAUGAAAUGAUUGUAAGAGAAAUUGGUAGGCGAUGGAAAAAAAUGAUACAGUUACAUCCACAAAUGAAAAUACAAUUUGAUCUACAUAAUGAAGGUGGUGGACCACAUCAGCGACCAAUGUAUGAAGAGUGA